UUGCAUUUGCUAUGUGCUUCAAGCUUUACUUGUCUUACAUCCUUAAGUUUAAAAAACGUGGACUUGACUACUUUUUAACUCAAUGUCCAUCGCUUGAGGUUUUGAGACUGGUGGGAGUCACUUCUCUAACAAGGUUUGUAGCUUCUGAUGCAUCAGCCAACCUGAAAUGCUUGGAGCUAAGAAACUGCCAUUCCCUGAAGAAGGUUGAAAUUUAUGCUGUCAAUCUCGUGUCAUUGUUUUACAAUGGAAGCGAUGGUGUCCCUGUUACUUUGAAUCUACCCCAUCUCGUGGAGCUAUUAGUUGGAGGAAACUAUUUACGUCAAAUUUAUCACCUUUCGCAGCUCCAAAUCAUUCUCUCACAGUUGGAGUCUCUUAGUUUCGAUGUGUCAGGAGCUAAAACUUUUCAAAAUGGGAUUUUUUCCCAGGCUUGGCCGUUCCUUAAGAACAUUCCCACACUGAGUAAUCUCAAGCAUUUGGAAUUGGAGAGCGGAAUUACAGGUGUUUCCCAUUCUUUCCUUCCUUUCACUUCACUGCUAACAGCGGCUCCUUUGUUACAUACAUUUACGCUCAAGAUUAUGUACUGCGUAGAUUGGCCAUCCAGGGACUCAUCACAGACUACGUUCUGCUCAAAUUGCUCAUUCAGGGAGUUAUCAAAGAUCUCAUUGGAAAAUCCUCAUCCAAGCUUUAAAGUUGUGAAACUGUAUGGGUUUGUCAGGGUUCCAGCUGUGAUGGAGUUGGUUUUCCACUUGCUCUGCUUGAGAAGUUAAUGAUUGAUCCUUGCCCGCCAUAUUACCUCGACAACAGAGAUGAGUCUAGGUUUAGAGAAUCAUGGGAUUACAAAUCUGCUAAGCUGCAGGCUAUGGAGCUGCAAGCAAAGAUACCUCCAGGAAUUGAAUUUAUAGUGGCAUAAGAUAAUACUGAGAUAUUGUUACUGGAAAUAUUGGAAGCAAUUUGUUUUUACUUGUUUCUAUGUUAAUUUCUUUUCAUAUGCUAUGGAUAAUAAACAGUGUACCCAGGCUCGAUGAACACCCCUCAA